UUCCUCCCGGAAGACAAACGGCGUCGAGGAGCCGGCUGGUUCCCUUGUGGGACCCAGGCGGAGUCGGAGAGAGCCGGGGAGAUGGACGACGUGAGCGGGGUGUCGGUGGAGCCGUGCGCCGCCUCGCGAUACCUGCGGCCCCAUCGCAUCUCGUACACGCAGAACGGGGUGAGGAAGACGUGGGACUUCAUGGAAACUCAUGACAGCGUCGCCGUCCUCCUCUUCAACACCACGCGCCGCUGCUUUGUCUUCGUCAAGCAGUUCCGGCCAGCCGUCUACGUGAACGAGCGCGAGUGGAGGCGGAAGCAGCGACUCAUGGAGGCGACCGAGGCAGCGGGGACUCGGACGCUGCGUGGGGCCACAGGGGAGAGCGUUGGCGAGAGGGAGGCCCAGGCCUUGCCCGGCUCGGCGGGGGUGACGUGCGAGCUGUGCGCGGGCAUCCUGGACCACCCGGGGGUCUCGGCGGCGGACACCGCACGCCUCGAGCUCAUGGAGGAGUGUGGCUAUGAUGUGCCGCUCGAGGAGCUCCACUGCGUCACCUCCUACAGGACAGGCGUGGGGGUGUCCGGGGCAAGGCAGACCCUGUACUACGCGGCCGUGACCGACGCGAUGCACACGGGGCCUGGCGGGGGCCGGUCCGACGAGGGGGAGCUCAUCGAACUCAUGGAGCUCCCGUUGGAGCACGCUGCUCAGUUCAUGGAGGCCGCGGACAUAGAGCGGCCCCUGGGCGUCCUCUACGGCCUCUUGUGGUUCCUGAGCAACGUGGCUCCCAGCCUGCCCAACACCAGCCCCGGGCCUGUCCCAGCCGUGGCCCCAACUUUAACCCAAUAGCGAUGUUCGUGUCCUUUACAAUAAAUAUAUUAUAUUCCAGUCAUGCUGCUUAAGUUCCCCCUCAAGUUUUCCCUGAAUUUCCCCCAGAUUGUCCAUGAUUUGCCCCGAGUAACCCCCGAGUUGCCCCGAGAUGCUGCAGAGUUGCCCCAGAGUUGCUCCCACCUUUAUCAUAGAGGAUGCCUCCCCAGUUGGUAUCGCAGUGGCACUGGCAGUGCUCGGAUCAGGAGCCGUACACACGCAGCCUGAGUAGGGGAUACACUCCCCACACAGCGCUCGCUGGGUGGGGGGGAGUGAGUGGUGAGGGAGUCCGGUGAGUGAUGCUUCAAGUUGCAGAGGCGACUUCUGAGCCCCUCACUCACCGAUGGGUACUCGCUCUGUCGCCCCUCGUCUCACAAUCGUCACGGAGCACCGGGUUAGCAGCCGGCCAUGAGCCGGCACCACAGCCAAACGUUGGUGCAUAUUCCACGUUUAGUCUCUGAGACGGCCGCUACCGCGUGGUGAGCGGGGAGGGCUCGUGGAGCGAUGCGCGUUCAGCGAGUCUGAAGGGUGAUGGUGAAGGCGUUGAUGGUAUAGUUCGCCAUCAUCGAUGUACAGAUUGUAUAUUGAACUUUUUUCGCACCAUGCGUAGCCAACCGUGCUAAUCAGAGGUGCGGGGGAAGGACAGCAAACUAAACACGUUUCAUUUGUGUCGAUGGCGACAGUGGUACUAAGCCUCAUGAUGAUGAUCAAUAUGAUGGUGGUUCUGAUGUUGACAAAGAUGAAUAUGAUUUUUGUCAGUUAUCAGUGUGAAGGUGCCAGUGAUCAUAAAGAUGGUGGUAAUGACGGUGUCGAUAAAGUUGUUGUUUAUGAUGAUGGUAACGAUGCUGGUCUCUGUGAUAGUAAUGAUGAUAAAGGGUGUGGUUAUGUUGACACACAUGG